AUGGCCGCUCCCCUCCACUUGCGCCUCCUCCCGCUCCCCUUGCCCCCGAACCCUAGCCCCGGUCCCGGCCUCCCCGCGAGCGGCGCGCGGCGGGUGCCCCGGCCCCCGCGACGCCACCGCCACCGCCGCUGCCUCGCGACGCCGCCAUCGCGGAACGGGAGCUCCUCCUCGCCGGAGACCGAGUGGUGCCCGGUGCCGCCGGAGCAGCGCCCCGUGAACGAGUACGAGGCGCUCGCGGCGUCCCUGCCCUUCUCCUGGGCGGCGGGGGACCUCCGCGUCUACUGCUCCCGCCUCGCGCUCACGGGCGCCGCCGUCGCGCUCUUCGUCGGGCUCCCCGUCGCCGCCUUCGGGGGACGCGGUGGGGCUGGCGCCGACGCUCUGCACCUCGCGCUCGGCGCCACGGGGUCCGGGAUCCUCGCCGUCACGCUCGCGGUCGUGCGGAUGUACCUCGGGUGGGCCUACGUCGGCAACCGCUUGCUCAGCGCCACAGUGGAGUAUGAGGAGACGGGAUGGUAUGAUGGGCAGAUAUGGGUUAAAACUCCAGAAGUUUUAGCUCGUGAUCGGCUUCUAGGCUCAUUUUCUGUCAAGCCUGUGCUAAACAGAGUGAAGUUCACCUUGGUGGGUCUGGCAGGCUCCCUGAUCCUUUGCAUUCUUCUUUACGUGAACACCGAAAACCCAAAGGAACCAUAUGGAAAUACCGGGGGAAGGGCUAUCCCUGGAGUGUACAGUGACACCGCGGCGAGGUCAUUUGAGCCUGAUGCAUUCUGUGGAGAACCUGAUCUGUCGUAG